GUUUUAGACUUAGAGGCGCGCGGCUGCGCGCACCCGGCGGGAGCUGUGGAGAGAACCAAUGACCGGGCGCUCUCUCCGCGCCGGCUCGGGAUUGGGCGAGCCGCGCCAGCCUCUCACGGGCGGGGAGGGACUGGGAUCCGCGCGCCCGCUGCGCCAGAGUCCCGGGGGCGCGUGCGCGGUCUCGCGGUGGCCGCAGGGGCCGGUCUCGCGCGGUCUAGAAGUGGAGUUGCUGGCGGCUGCGGCGGCGACGGCGGCGACGGAGGAGGUUGGCGGUGGGGCGGGGGCGGGGACUAAGGAUUCUGAGGUGGGGGGAGUCGGGAGUUUCUGGAUUCUUUAUCCGGUAUUUUAAGGGCCGCCGGAGAGCUGUCGCUUCUGCAGUGCUUAGGAGCGGCCGGGGCUGGAGGCUCCGCGGAGCCGAGGCGCGGAGAAUAAGAAAGCUUGAGUUUUGUGAAAAACCAGAGAAGAGAAACUAGAAGGACAGUAGAAAAGGUUUUUCCAGUUUGCAUAAUAUUUCCUUCAUGGAUACUUUUUCAUAGCAUUAUUAUGUGAUGUGAGAAGUUUUUUUGGUCUUUUUUUUUUUUUUUUUUUUGAAGUAACAUGGAUUUUAUACUACAGAAUCAAGAGAAUUGGCUUAUAGGAAAAAUUGAUUUAUAAAAGGUGGUACAGGUUUUUAUAGAUAACCAUGACAACAUCCCAUAUGAAUGGGCAUGUUACAGAGGAAUCAGACAACGAAGUAAAAAAUGUUGAUCUUGCAUCACCAGAGGAACAUCAGAAGCACCGAGAGAUGGCUGUUGACUGCCCCGGAGAUUUGGGCACCAGGAUGAUGCCAAUACGUCGAAGUGCACAGUUGGAGCGUAUUCGGCAACAACAGGAGGACAUGAGGCGUAGGAGAGAGGAAGAAGGGAAAAAGCAAGAACUUGACCUUAAUUCUUCCAUGAGACUUAAGAAACUAGCCCAAAUUCCUCCAAAGACCGGAAUAGAUAACCCUAUGUUUGAUACAGAGGAAGGAAUUGUCUUAGAAAGUCCUAAUUAUGCUGUGAAAAUAUUAGAAAUAGAAGACUUGUUUUCUUCACUUAAGCAUAUCCAACAUACUUUGGUAGAUUCUCAGAGCCAGGAGGAUAUUUCACUGCUUUUACAACUUGUUCAAAAUAAGGAUUUUCAGAAUGCAUUUAAGAUACACAAUGCCAUCACUGUACACAUGAACAAGGCCAGUCCUCCAUUUCCUCUUAUCUCCAGUGCACAAGAUCUUGCUCAAGAGGUACAAACUGUUUUGAAGCCAGUCCAUCAUAAGGAAGGACAAGAACUAACUGCUUUGCUGAAUACUCCACAUAUUCAGGCACUUUUACUGGCCCACGAUAAGGUUGCUGAGCAGGAAAUGCAGCUAGAGCCCAUUACAGAUGAGAGAGUUUAUGAAAGUAUUGGCCAAUAUGGAGGAGAAACUGUAAAAAUAGUUCGUAUAGAAAAGGCUCGUGAUAUUCCAUUGGGUGCUACAGUUCGUAAUGAAAUGGACUCUGUCAUCAUUAGCCGGAUAGUAAAAGGGGGUGCUGCAGAGAAAAGUGGUCUGUUGCAUGAAGGAGAUGAAGUUCUAGAGAUUAAUGGCAUUGAAAUUCGGGGGAAAGAUGUCAAUGAGGUUUUUGACUUGCUGUCUGAUAUGCAUGGUACUUUGACUUUUGUUCUGAUUCCCAGUCAACAGAUCAAGCCGCCUCCUGCCAAGGAAACAGUAAUCCAUGUAAAAGCUCAUUUUGACUAUGACCCUUCAGAUGACCCUUAUGUUCCGUGUCGAGAGUUAGGUCUGUCUUUUCAAAAAGGUGAUAUACUUCAUGUGAUCAGUCAAGAGGAUCCAAACUGGUGGCAGGCCUACAGGGAAGGGGACGAAGAUAAUCAGCCUCUAGCCGGGCUUGUUCCAGGGAAAAGCUUUCAGCAGCAAAGGGAAGCCAUGAAGCAAACCAUAGAAGAAGAUAAGGAGCCAGAAAAAUCAGGAAAACUAUGGUGUGCAAAGAAGAAUAAAAAGAAGAGGAAAAAGGUUUUAUAUAAUGCCAAUAAAAAUGAUGAUUAUGACAACGAGGAGAUCUUAACCUAUGAGGAAAUGUCACUUUAUCAUCAGCCAGCAAAUAGGAAGAGACCUAUCAUUUUGAUUGGUCCACAGAACUGUGGCCAGAAUGAAUUGCGUCAGAGGCUCAUGAACAAAGAAAAGGAGCGCUUUGCAUCUGCAGUUCCUCAUACAACUCGGAGUAGGCGAGACCAAGAAGUAGCUGGUAGAGAUUACCACUUUGUUUCGCGGCAAGCAUUUGAGGCAGACAUAGCAGCUGGAAAGUUCAUUGAGCAUGGUGAAUUUGAGAAGAAUUUGUAUGGAACUAGCAUAGAUUCUGUACGGCAAGUGAUCAACUCUGGCAAAAUAUGUCUUUUAAGUCUUCGUACACAGUCAUUGAAGACUCUUCGGAAUUCAGAUUUGAAACCAUAUAUUAUCUUCAUUGCACCCCCUUCACAAGAAAGACUUCGGGCAUUAUUGGCCAAAGAAGGCAAAAAUCCAAAGCCUGAAGAAUUGAGAGAAAUCAUUGAGAAGACAAGAGAGAUGGAGCAGAACAAUGGCCACUACUUUGAUACGGCAAUUGUGAAUUCAGAUCUUGAUAAAGCCUAUCAGGAAUUGCUUAGGUUAAUUAACAAACUUGAUACUGAACCUCAGUGGGUACCGUCCACUUGGCUGAGGUGAAAGAAACAUCCAUUCUAUGGCAUGUUGGACUUGAUCUGGCAAAAACUGCCAGUAGGAAGAUUGCCCAACACUGCAGCAAGAUUGAGGAUAGGGUGGAAGGCAGCAGUAUACGCUGUAGAUCUAUUCUUAGAUCUCUUGAAUUAGUGAGAGGACAGUUCCGUUAGGCAGUUUGUGCACGGCAUCCUUUAUUCUCUAUACAUGGCUUUAGCGGUUCUUGCCUCAUUUUGGGAUUCUAAAUGGAAGCUUUCAACAGAGCAUUCCAUUUUGUCCUGUUAAAACCUUUUGUUUUCACCUAAACCCUUUCUGCUUAGUCGUAUCUCUGUGAAAAACUUGUAUACACAAGUGUCUAUGUCUCACACAAAUAUUGAUGUGAUUACACUUAAGUGUUAAAUCAUUUACACUUAAAUGACUUCAUUGGGAAUACUGAGCAGAGGGAUUGUGCUUCUAUGCACUGGGCAAGGCAGUAUUUGCUUAAGAGACUAUUUAGUCAUCAGAGAUACUUUCCUAAAAAGGAAAAAUAAAAAACAAAAUGGUGCCACUUUGGGUUGGAGCUACUUUGUUAGGCUUGAAUUCAUUUGUAUGUCUUUUAAUUCUUAAAAAAACAAAAAACAUUCCAUUAGAAGCACCAGUUUUUUCGCUCAAAUUUUUUGGAUCUGACUCUACACUCAACACACUCUAAUAAUCUACUUAAAGGUAUACAAAAUAUGCUGAUCUUUUUAAAAUUAUGAUUUUCUGAAUUUUUUUUCUUAAGUCUCAACUGAUUUACUAACCUAGCUCAUCUGCAUAGUAUAGUAGGAUGUAUGUUACAUUUUUAUGAAUGGCAGGUGUUCAUUAUAAUCUGUAUUGACUGUUAAAAAGUUUCUUCCUCAUGAUGCUAAUAGUUUUUUAUAUACAUGGGAGGACAGCACAUUUGACAGUUUUUGCAUUUUUAUGUAUGAGCACAGUAUUCUGUGACUGUGCUACAUAUAUAUAGGUAAUAAACUGGAAUUCUGUUGAUGAAUAUAGCUGCUGAACUGUAUAUUAAUAUUUAAUAGAUCAACAAAUGGUCAUUGAAAACACUUGUUUAGCAUCUGAAUAAAAUUAUAUAUGUCCUUAGGAAAUACUAUGACAAUUGACUUUAAGAUCAAAAGGAAAGGAAGACCUGAAAGUCAUUUGAAUAUUUUAGGAAAAGAAUAUUAGAGAGAAAAAGGUAUUACGUAUAUAGAAAUAGGUUUUUAACCUAACAAGGUCUGCCUCUUAUGACCAGAAUGCAACAGCUUGGUAAAUCAUAAAAAACAUUUAAGCUAAUAGGAUUUUUGUAUUGUCUCUAUAGCUGUAGCUUUAAAAUUCAACAUGUAUAAUUGGCAUAGAAACUUAAUUUGCAGUCUUUUCAAGCCUUUAGGAUAGUGUGAUGUGUGACAAACAACCUCAAAUGUGAAUGCCUUGAUUUUAUUUUUAUGGUGACUUUAGCUACAGCAUUUCCUAUUCCCAGAGCUAAACACUGGAAUAAUGCUGACAUAAUUUAACAUAAGGAAUUGUGUUUAAGGAGUAAUUUGUGUCAUGUAUAUAUUUGAUUUUUUUCCUCUUCUACAUAAUUUUAUUUGAACAAAUGUAGACAGUUUAUAUGUUGCCUUUUUCUGUUCAAAUUUGCAUGGCCUAUUAAGUUGGCUGGAGAGUGUUUUAUGUGGAAAUAUUUUCAAGAUAAUGUUCCUUAGGAAGAAAAUAACAUUCUUGGGUUGAGGGAAGGAAUGCCAUACAUACUGUCUCUUCAGCUCUGAAAUACUCCAAUUUAGAGCCAGGAAAAUUCACAGGUCACACCGAUUUUUGGCAUUAAAAACUAAGGAAUAUACUUAGCACUUAAUCUUUUCAGUUUUUCAGUUUACUUCUCAGGAAUGAAGGGCAGUCUAUGGUCGAUAAUGGAGUUUUGUGAUCUGCUUAUUGUAACUGACAACUGUUUUCAACUCCAAGAGCUAAACUAUUGGCAGUUCAUGUUAACUUAGAGUGAGGUUGUAGGUAGUGUCAGUGAGUGGCUCUUGUGCCCGCUGUAGACAUUAGGCCUGCACUAGAGCCAUGUGCUGUCAAGAUUCAGGAACAUGGCUUUAACAAGUAGAUCUUGUACCAAGGCAGAGGCCAUGCCAUGCCGUACUUUUAGGAAGUCUGAGGUGAUAAAUAUUUCAAGGUCAGUGAAGUCCUAUCAUUCUCCCCUUCCUCAUCAGCAAUGAUAGAAAUGUCCCAAACUUUUCUAAAUCCCAGUGAUAAGGAUGUGCUGAUAUUCAACACAGUCCUUAAAGUGAAAAGUGAGUUGUUGCUGACCUCCACAAAAGAAUAUGGAAAAAAGCCUUGCUGUACACCUAGUUGUACAGCCACUCUAGCCAAUUCUAUUUCCUGUCCCUCUGUGGUUCUGACUGGAGACCCCAUUGUGGGGGGGGGAGGUCUUAGCCAUUUAAUAUAGAAAUGGUAUCAUUAACUAAUGCAGUGUACUUGGAAAAUCCAAAUAAGGAAGUGUUAGGUUGGGGCAUAUCUUUAUUUCUCAAAUUUUUGUCAGAACAAAUGGACGGAGAAUAUUAUUUAGACUAAUCCAGAUUUGCUUUCUAUGAAAAUCAAAUGUCUGGAUUAUUUUCCUUUUCUCAUGGCCUAAGAAAUAAGUAUUGAUAAGGAAUGAUUUGAAUGUAAUUUUGUGAAUGUGUGGAAAAUAUAAAGCAGGGAUUUAGCCUUAAUAAAGGUAACCUUCUGACAUCUGUUGUUAAUCCCCCUUUGUACUCUUAUCCUGUAUCUGCACUCUGUUAUUUUGAGAUGUCAUACUGUACACUGUAUUGUAAAAAUAAAAAGUAAAAUUAUAUUUCAAAUUUUAAAAGCCA